GCUAUGGUGUUAUUUCUAAGACAACAGCGAGCCAGUUUAGACCCGCUGUCUCGCAUACAGCAGCUUUCAACUCUUUAUUUCUUCGUCCUGCGGGUUUUUGGUCGCCGUCCGGAAGAGAUCGCAUUUCUUCAACAGCAGAUCAGGACUAGCUCAGACUGAAUGCAAAUUGACAGAGAAGCAAACACCAGGAGACUGGUUUAGACCUGCCUCUCUAGUCAAAGCUCUGCCAGAGUGAACUGAAGUAGGAGGCUUCAGAGGUCCAGGAGGAGUUACAGGGCAGUCUACUGAUGUCAGGCCAAAUCAGGUCUGCCAGUCAUGCGGACUGCCGGGUCACGGAGGAAUGCCAUGUUCCUGCUGACAUGGAGCUGAUGGAACUUGGUCCCCUGCUGGAGGAGAAUGGCCCUGGUGGAGCCCCAGGACUCCAGUCAGAGGGAGCCAGUGGUCUGGUGGAUGAUGAAGAGGAUGAUGAUGAUGUUGGAGACAUUCUGACUCUACCGCUGCAGGCUCACCAUGCAAUGGAGAAGAUGGAGGAAUUUGUGCACAAGGUGUGGGAAGGUCGCUGGAGGGUCAUUCCCUUUCACGUCCUACCGGAGUGGCUGAAAGACAAUGACUACCUCCUGCAUGGUCAUCGGCCCCCCAUGCCCUCCUUCCGUGCCUGCUUCAGGAGCAUUUUCAGGAUUCACACAGAGACCGGGAAUAUCUGGACUCAUUUGUUGGGGUUAAUCUUGUUCUUGUGUCUGGGCACACUUACCAUGCUGAGGCCCAACAUGUACUUCAUGGCCCCUUUGCAGGAGAAUGUUGUGUUUGGCAUGUUCUUCCUGGGUGCCGUGCUGUGCCUCAGCUUCUCCUGGCUUUUUCACACCGUCUACUGCCAUUCUGAGAAAGUGUCUCGCACUUUCUCCAAACUUGACUACUCUGGCAUUGCUCUGCUGAUCAUGGGCUCUUUCGUGCCCUGGCUUUACUACUCGUUCUACUGCUCACCUCAGCCACGUCUCAUCUACCUCACAGUCGUCUGUGUGCUGGGCAUUGCAGCCAUCGUCGUCGCUCAGUGGGACCGAUUCUCCACUCCCCGUCACAGGCCCACCAGAGCAGGAGUUUUCAUGGGUCUUGGCCUGAGUGGAAUUGUCCCCACCAUGCACUUCAUCAUUGAGGAGGGUUUUGUCAAAGCCACUACGGUUGGACAGAUGGGUUGGUUCUAUUUAAUGGGUGCAAUGUACAUCACAGGAGCCGGGCUCUAUGCUGCACGAAUCCCUGAGCGUUAUUUCCCGGGCAAGUGUGAUAUUUGGUUUCACUCACACCAAAUAUUUCAUGUGCUGGUGGUGGCAGCAGCGUUCAUUCAUUUCUAUGGGGUGUCCAACCUGCAGGAGUUCCGCUAUGGCCUUGAGGGAGGCUGCACAGACGAUACUCUCCUUUAAAAUCUCCAACCUAUGAACUACAAACCCAUUCCUUAUGAGUUAUCAUUUCAGUGCCCAGUUUUCCUUGAUGAUUGCUGUUUUAUUCUUUGUAUUUAAUUUUCCAUAUUGGUUUGAGUUUUACCCUUUAUCAUUUCUUACUGUUACAGUUUAUAAGCAAUGCAUAGAUGUGGGGAUGAGGUUAAUCAUUUCAUAGACAGAACUCAAUUCAGGAACAGAAAGUACUUGUGUGUGAUUAAAGGGCACCCUAGGCUGAAAGAGUAACUUGCGGCUAGUGUGAACCUUUUAUUUUGAGAACAAUCUUGUGUUUUUUAAGUGAAAAGCACUUUUCAAAAAGUUGUAGAGAAGUCAUAAUGCAUCACGUUCAUUAUUGCCCUGAAAUUUACUGAUGAAUGUCUACAUUUACAUUUUGCAUAUAUGCAUUUGGCAGAUGCUUUUAUCCGAAGCGACUUACAUUGCAUUAUACUAUGCAUUUGUUUUUGAGGAUGUGCAAUCCCUGGGAUCGAAACCAUGACCUUGGCGUUGCUAGCGCCAUGCUCUAACCACUGAGCUACAGUUUUAAUUUUGUUACUUACUGACUGGAAAAUGUGCAAAGGGCAGCUUGGUUUGAGGGUUGAUUUAAAGUCUACCUGCUUUGAACAUUUACAGUUCAAACAGUCCUAGGUCAAACAAAAAAGUAAACAGGUCAACAGUUGCACCUUACAGCUCAGAUAUUGAAAAUCAAUGUUAAAGCCUCUGCGUAGAUACCUCUGUGCAGCCUGUAAAGUUAAAACUUUCCUGUAAAGUAUAAAAUUAUUCCUGUGCCUUAGGCCACUGGAAAUAGGUUUAAAUAGAUGGGCCAAAACUACAGUGUAGUAAAUUUCACGAGUCACAAAAUUAACUAAUACUUUAUCUUAGCAAGCAAUCCAAUCAAAUUAUAUAAAAAAUGUGUUGUCAUUUAUUAACUUUCUCAGACUGCAGUUUGUAUAAAGUAGUGUAUGAUUCUUUUUAAAUAAUUAAGCUCACUGUGUGGCUUUACCACAAAUAAUAAACCAUCCAUAUAUUCAUGUGUUAUGUGUAGAGGGGUUAAAUCAUUUACAUUUAAGUCAAAUGUUUUAAUAAAUAUUUAUGGAUCUU